AUGGCCAGCGGCGCCGACGUCCGCAACGGUCCCGUGGGAGCUCUGAUCCAUCGCUGCUCACCAUGCCAGGGCGGAGGGCCAGGACUGCAGCCGUGCACCGGAUGCCAUGUAAUUCGUUACUGCUGCCGUGAGCACCAGAUGGCCGACAUAGACGGCCACAUGCAAACCUGCCACAAGAUCAGCAUGGCCCGCGCUAAGCUCGACCAUGAGGACAAGCUCAUCCGCAAGCCCAACCCAAUGUAUCGAGUCCCCUCCAAUGUUUUCGAGACGGGCGUCGGCUACUUCUGGGAAAUCCCCAGAACGCGCCCCUACAUGCGUGCUCGCCUCGCCCUGGUCAUGGAGAAUCUACUCCCGCUGGGCACACUCGACAGCGUCCGCGAAGCUCACGACCAUCUCGGAGACAUGCUCAGGCUGUGCCGCAUGGAUACCAUGGCGGUGCGGGAAAUUCUGCCCUGCAUCAUGCUGCGGCUCGAUCGUGACCAGGAGUGCUACGACUUUCUCAAGUGGUGGGCGAUGUGUGACAUAGAUCAUGACUGGGAUGACUUCACCUUGCCGUACCUUGAUAUCCACGGAGCCGACGCCUUGGAGCAGCCAGGCCUUUUCAUUGACAAACGUCCCUCUCUGAAUUACCUUGUUGCCGUUUUGAUACUGAAACUCAAGCUGCUGGUUGACGUCCUCAACACGAAAAUCACCCGCAAGGUCCUUGCCCAGCGCUCUAUUCCCACGGAGCUUCACGCCCAGAUCCAGCAAACCGUGGUCCGGAGCCCGCUCUCCGCCGACCUCUACAAACACUCGCACAAGGCCCUCUCGGAGACCGAACAGACGCUUCUCACCCAGAUCUGCAAGCUUGCCGUCGCCAUUACCGAGCUUAAUCCAUACUUCAUGUUCGACCUCUUUGACCCGGAUGAAGCAAUGGUCGCCACGCUCGGCACGUAUUCACCUGGCUCCGUGGAAGAAACGGACCGCGCAAUCCAGUACUCGUAUGCCACGUGGUGGUCAACCCAGGGGGUCCUGGGUCUACUUGAAAGUGCGCGUGACUGCGCCGCGCGGGCUUCCGAGGGAGAGAUUGGGGAGUUGAUGGCGGGAGACAGGUUCCGGAAGGGAGCGGGAUCGCAUCGCACACCCGAACAAGUGCUGUGGGAUGUCAGCGUGAACCGCCUGUGGGGGUAUCUGGAUUUCGCCAUCAUGGACGCCACGUAUCUGGGACCGUGGGAGGAGCGGCCAUCAGAGGUAGGAAUAAAGAUGGAGACAGAGUGGGAUAUGGAAUUGGAUCAGGAAUCUGAAUCGGAAUGGGAGGGUUUCAGCGAGUAG